CAUAUCCAUAUCUUCAUAUUCAAACAGGCAGAAAAACCACCCAUCCAGAGCUACAUACUUAUCUAUCCAUAUCCAUAUCUUCAUAUUCAAACAAGCAGAAAAACCGCCCAUCUAGAGCUGCAUAUCUACCUAUAAUGUCGACUUCCCGCUCUAACCGUGGUCUCCGAUUACUCUCCUUAGAUGGCGGUGGCAUUCGCGGCCUCUCCGAGUUGGCAAUGCUUCACGAGAUCAUGGCGCGUAUCCAGCAUCGUGAAAAUCUUGCUAGACUACCGAAGCCCUGCGAGUAUUUCGAUCUGAUCGGGGGGACUUCCACUGGCGGACUCGCAGCAUUGCUUCUGGGCCGGCUGCAACUCUCCACCGAGCAAGCAAUCACAGAGUAUGGGAAUCUAGCCUCCCUGGUAUUCAAAGAAAAGAAGAGCGGUUGGCUAGGCAAUGAUGGACAGUACAAAGCCACAAAGCUCGAGACUGUCGUCAAGGAGCUGGUGCAAAAAUACAGCGCUACCAAUAACCCCGAUGAGUCGAUGUUGGACGCGCGGGCGGAGGAGCCUGGGGCUUGCAAAACCUUUGUCUGCGCGGCACCAGCCGAUAAUCUCGCGUGUCCAACCCUGUUCCGCACCUACCGCAUUCCAGAUGCCUCAUUCGACUGCAAGAUCUGGGAAGCAGCACGGGCAACCUGCGCAGCACCGACACUCUUCAAGCGAAUCCGCAUCGGCGCGGAGGGGACGGAGCAGGAAUACAUUGACGCCGGACUGGGGUGCUAUAAUCCUGUUUUCGAAGUGGUAGCGGAGGCCGAUGUUGCAUUUGGGAAAGACCAGAAGGUGGAUUGCCUCAUCAGUCUUGGGUCUGGUCAGAAGGGCGUCAUUGCGCUUAAGAAGCCCAAUUGGUUCCAGAAGAUGUUUCCUACGGACGCAAUACCGGUUUUGGAGAGACUGUCGAUGGACUCCGAGAUCGCGGCGGAGCAGAUGCAGGCUUGGUAUCACAGGCACUGGCCAGGUGUGUACUACCGGCUGAAUGUCGAGCAAGGCAUGCAAGAUAUUGGAGUUGGAGAGUGGAAAAGACUGGGGGAAGUCUUGACACAUACAACGAAGUACAUACAGGGAGGAAGGAUUAGUGUGGAGGUGGAUACGAUUGUCGAUAAGAUUAUUGGGAGUUAGAGUUAGAGUGAGAAUGUUUUCAAUUAUAAAUUUGGUCUGUUAUUGGGCUAUCUGUCUCA